CUGAGGCAGGGUGACUCCACCCUAGGUGUAAUAGAAUUUUUUUCAACAGAGUACAGUAGUACACAGUUGCAGACAGGACUCGUUAAGUCAUUGUUUUGUCUGAUUUCUACUAGAUUUUUAGUCCCAGUGGGUUUGGAAAUUGGAAAACAUUCUGUGACAGCUGACCAUGGACUUGCAUUUAUUCCUGAUGUCGGCUGUGCAAGUACACACCGUGGUGUCUGAUUGGAGACUCGUCAUGUUGAAGACAACAUGACUCAAGAGAGGAGACCCCGAGGGCGAGAGCACGGCUGCAUUUACUGUCCUCAACUCCCUCCCUCGUCCCUAAGCACUCACAAACCCCGUGAUUCACACGCUGAAGUACUUCAACACCGCGUCCUCUCAAGUGAAAAACCUCCCAGAGUUUGUGAGCGUCGGUUAUGUUGACGAUGUUGAGAUCGUUUACUAUGACAGCAACAUCAAGAGGGCGGUAUCCAAACAAGACUGGAUGAACAAAAUCACAGAAGAGGAUGAAAAGUACUGGCAGACCCAGACACGGAUCUAUGUAUACAACCAGAUUGUGUUCAGAUUCAACGUUGCAAAGUUUAUGAAGCGUUUCAACCACACUGAAGGCGUUCACAUUUACCAGGAGAUGGUUGGUUGUGAAUGGAAUGACGAAACGGACGAGGUUAAAGGCUGGUUACGGUACGGUUAUGAUGGAGAAGACUUCAUAUCGUUGGACAUGGAGACAUGGACAUGGACGGCGGCAAAACCACAAGCUUUCCCCACCAAACUCAUGUGGGAACGUAACAGACAAAUGAUGGACAACGAUCAGUUCUACUUCACGGAAGACUGUCCUUCUUACUUGAAGAAGUAUGUGAAGAACGGGAGGGAUGUCCUAAUGAGAACAGAGCUGCCGAUGGUGUCCCUCCUCCAGAAGACGCCGUCCUCGCCGGUCACCUGCCACGCCACGGGUUUCUACCCCGACCAAGCGAUCAUGUUCUGGAGGAAAGGCGGCGAGGAGCUCCGCGAGGAGGUGGAGUACGGAGAGAUGCUCCCCAACCACGACGGAACCUUCCAGAUGACGGCGGACCUGAAAGUGAAGGUGACGGCCGACGCGGAUGGCGAGUACGAAUGCGUAUUUCGGCUGACUGGCGUCGAGGAGGACCUGGUCACCAAACUGGAGAGAAGAAACAUCCUGACCAACGCUAGGGAUGAAGGCAACAAGGUGGUCCUCCCCGUGGUGGUCCUUCUGGUGGCCAUCUUUGUCGUCAGGCGUCUCAGAAACAGACUUUCUCAACUUUUUUUAGUCUUCAUUUUUUUUUGGGGCGGCAGACCAAAAAACUAACAAACCGUUUAUUAGUCUUCGUUUUGUUUUGUGUCAUCAAGGUGGAACAGGGGUUAGUGCAUGUGCCUCGAAGGUCCUGAGUAGUCCUGGGUUCAAUCCCGGGCUCGGGAUCUUUCUGUGUGGAGUUUGCAUGUUCUCCCCCGUGACUGCGUGGGUUCCCUCCGGGUACUCCGGCUUCCUCCCACCUCCAAAGACAUGCACCUGGGGAUACCGUAUUUCCUUGAAUUGCCGCCGGGUAUAUAGCAGAGGUGUGGACUCGAGUCACAUGACUUGGACUGGAGUCAGACUCGAGUCAUGAAUUUGAUGACUUUAGACUCGACUUGACAAAAUGUAAAAAGACUUGCGACUCGACUUAGACUUCAAAAUCAAUGACUUGUGACUUGACUUGGACUUGAGCCUUUUGACUUGACAUGACUUGCUACUUUCUGCGGUUACCAAACCGGAACCCCUCAACGCCUUGACUGCGCCUAGAAAUUCUGUCCAUAAAAGUUAUGAACAGAAUCGGUGACAAUUCUGCUUUUUGCAGAUGAUGUGGUCCUGAUGGCUUCAUCUGACCGGGAUCUUCAGCUCUCGCUGGAUCGGUUCGCAGCCGAGUGUGAAGCGACCGGAAUGAGAAUCAGCACCUCCAAGUCCGAGUCCAUGGUUCUCGCCCGGAAAAGGGUGGAAUGCCAUCUCCGGGUUGGGGAGGAGACCCUGCCCCAAGUGGAGGAGUUCAAGUACCUAGGAGUCUUGUUCACGAGUGAGGGAAGAGUGGAUCGUGAGAUCGACAGGCGGAUCGGUGCGGCGUCUUCAGUAAUGCGGACGUUGUACCGAUCCGUUGUGGUGAAGAAGGAGCUGAGCCGGAAGGCAAAGCUCUCAAUUUACCGGUCGAUCCACGUUCCCAUCCUCACCUAUGGUCAUGAGCUUUGGGUCAUGACCGAAAGGAUAAGAUCACGGGUACAAGCGGCCCAAAUGAGUUUCCUCCGCCGUGUGGCGGGUCUCUCCCUUAGAGAUAGGGUGAGAAGCUCUGCCAUCCAGGAGGAACUCAAAGUAAAGCCGCUGCUCCUUCACAUCGAGAGGAGCCAGAUGAGGUGGUUCGGGCAUCUGGUCAGGAUGCCACCCGAACGCCUCCCUAGGGAGGUGUUUAGGGCACGUCCAACCGGUAGGAGGCCACGGGGAAGACCCAGGACACAUUGGGAAGACUAUGUCUCCCGGCUGGCCUGGGAACGCCUCGGGAUCCCCCGGAAAGAGCUAGACGAAGUGGCUGGGGAGAGGGAAGUCUGGGUUUCCCUGCUUAGGCUGUUGCCCCCGCGACCCGACCUCGGAUAAGCGGAAGAUGAUGAUGAUGGACUUGCUACUUUCCCCAAAACCCAACGAUUAAAAAGUUAUUCAGGAGCGCUCCGUAUCUGUCCGUGUGUGCGAUGACAGUGUGCGCGCUACCUGUCAGAACAACAGCCAAUCAAAUUACAUCCACGUUAUUUUUGUCACACAGUAUUCAGCCAAUCAAAUUGCAGGAAAUGCAACGAAAAAGCUCUCACACAACACGCCAGUGAGGAAAAGUUAUGCCAAAAAUUGUUUUGUUCGGGUAUAAAAACCACGACUUCGUCAACAAAAAACGAAUUGCCGUAUGCAAAGCAUGCGGUUCGUUGGAAGAUUACAGACAGAGACGCAACAACUUCCAACUUCGUUCGACAUUUGAAGUUGCACAAAGAAGGGGAAGUUUUGAAUGUAAGCUAACGUUUGUUGGCCGAGUAACGUAACUUUUAUUUGCUGUUUAGUUAAAUCAGUGAAGCUGUAAACUCACUGCUAACGUUAGAACCAUAGACAUCUUAUAAGUAGACGCGGCAUCGAGCGCUACUGCCUAUUGCCGCUGAUGUGAUGCGGGGCCGCCAUCUUGGAGUGGUGAUCCCCUCCACUCAGGGCAAUUCAUUUGACAGGAGCAAUGAACUGUCAGCGCAUUUAAUUCAUAUUACCUCACUGAAUACCACUUAUAUUCACGCGCUUUUUUGUCAUACGUGUAACUAUGAUAAAGGACACAUUUUUUGGCGUGUUCAUAGUUUGCUUAAAAAUAAUAAAAUAUUCUUAUAUGCUAUAAAUGAGUUUUAAGUCUCACCUUAAAACUCAUCUGUAUACUCUAGCCUUUAAAUAGACAUCCUUUUUAGACCAGUUGAUCUGCCGCUUCUUUUCUUUCUCCUAUGUCCUCCCCUCCCUUGUGGAGGGCAUCCGGUCCGAUGACCAUGGAUGAAGUACUGGCUGUCCAGAGUCGAGACCCAGGAUGGACCGCUCGUCGGGACCCAGGAUGGACCGCUCGCCUGUAUCGGUUGGGGACAUCUCUACGCUGCUGAUCCGCCUCCGCUUGAGAUGGUUUCCUGUGGACGGGACUCUCGCUGCUGUCUUGGAUCCGCUUGAACUGAACUCUCGCGGCUGUGUUGGAGCCACUAUGGAUUGAACUUUCACAGUAUCAUGUUAGACCCGCUCGACAUCCAUUGCUUUCGGUCCCCUAGAGGGGGGGGGUUGCCCACAUCUGAGGUCCUCUCCAAGGUUUCUCAUAGUCAGCAUUGUCACUGGCGUCCCACUGGAUGUGAAUUCUCCCUGCCCACUGGGUGUGAGUUUUCCUUGCCCUUUUGUGGGUUCUUCCGAGGAUGUCGUAGUCGUAAUGAUUUGUGCAGUCCUUUGAGACAUUUGUGAUUUGGGGCUAUAUAAAUAAACAUUGAUUGAUUGAUUGAUAAAUAACCAGACGUCCAAGAUCAAAACUUGGAAUAAUAAUCCCAAAAAGGGGGAAAAAAACGGUCAGCUAUUUCAAAGUUGAAGAAACAAUAUGAUUGUGUUAUAUAUACAUGCAUAUAUCCUACACAAACAAUGUAUGAAUACAUUAGAUAUCUAUAUAUCUUAUAGACUGUAUUUCUGUUGCUGCAACAGCAGAGAGUUUAUUCUGUCUUGACACUGUAUUAAUAUUUUCUAUUACAUUCUUCCCUUAAAUGAUCAUGUUUACAGUGAUUGUUUUAAAUGUAUUUUUCAUGGAUGUUGCUUUGGAUAAAAGUGUCUGCCAACUUAAACCUAAACGUAUAUAAACGCCUGAAAGUCUUGAUAUCAGCUAAAACCACCAAUCUGUUUCACUGGAUUCAGAAUAACAGCAAAUUCUGUCUUACCCAACAAAGUUAGUAUUUGAAUAUUGUUACUAGAAGACUUAUUAUCCUUUAAAUAGACUCCCUUUUUCGACCAGUUGAUCUGCCGUUUCUUUUCUUUUUCUCCU